UAGAAAAAGAGCUGGCCAAGGGGGGAAAAAAAUAAUCAAAUCAAAUUAAAAAAAAAUGCUCCUUCCAUUUUAGCAAAGGGGAAGAAAAAUAAUAUCAAAAGUGGCUGGUAAAGACCAGGGAGAGGCUUCGGACUACGUUCUCCGGCAUGCCCUGCGCGUGGACCACGGUGGGCAUGCGUCGGCUUGCUGACUCCGAACGUGGACUACGAUUCCCGGCAGGCCUCGUGCGCUGCGCAGGCGCACCAGCGGCGAAUAGAGGCGGAGCCCAGACGGCGGCGGGGGGGGCAACUCUCCCCCUUAGCCUGCCAGGGCGGGGCUCCCCCCUCUCCCCGCCCACCCCAGACCCCGCUGCCGGUACCGGGCGACGCCGCCGGAGGAGACCCCCGCCAUGGACUCGGACUCCUGUUCUUCCCCGCUGCCCCCCGAAGAUUUCCCCCCGGGCUCCAAGCGCUGCCGGACGGUGGAGGAUUUCAACAACUUUUGCACCUUUGUCCUGGCCUACGCGGGCUACAUCCCCUACCCGCACGAGGACACGUCUGGCUGGAGCAGUGCCAGCUCCCCCAACAGCACCCGGGGGGCCAUUGACAGCGAUGGAGGGGACCCCCCUUUGGGACACCUCCCCCGGCCAGGAAAAGCCCGGAAGACCUUCAGCCAACUCAAACACGGCAAGGCUUAUUCCUCGCUCUACCAGUGGUCGAAGCCCAAAGGGUUUUUGGUGGACCGGAAAAAAAUGGAGAAGUUCCGGAAGAAACGGCGGCUGGUGAGGAAGGAUGUGGCGCUGCCGGACGUCCAUUACCCCGAAGAAGAAGAGGAAGGGCUGCGGGAGAGAGAAGGAGAAGAGCCGUACGCCGAGACCCCACUCAGCCCGUCUUCCGAAGGCGAUGCCCAGUCUUCCACAGGCCGCUGCUCGGCCUGGGAUUCGGACACCCCCUCGAAUCCCCCCUACCCAGCCGCCGCGCCGGAGGAGCAGAGCCUCGUCCAGACGGUGGGCAAGAGGACCAUCAUACGGCAGGGGAAGCAGGUGGUCUUCCGAGACGAAGACGGCAGUGGAGACGAUGAGGACAUCAUGGUGGACUCAGACGACGACUCGUGGGACCUGGUCACCUGCUUCUGCAUGAAACCCUUCGCCGGGCGCCCCAUGAUCGAAUGCAAGGAGUGCCACACCUGGAUCCACCUGUCCUGCGCCAAAAUCCGCAAAUCCAACGUUCCCGAGGUUUACGUCUGCCAGAAAUGCCGGGAUUCCAAAUUCGACAUCCGGCGGUCCAGCCGUUCCCGGAUGGGCUCCCGGCGGCACUUCCUGGACUAAGCCGGCGGGAGAGCCGGCGGUGGCCAAACCUCGAAGUUUGGGAGUUUUGGGGAGUCGGUAGGACCGGGGGGGUGGAGAUCUGCGAGCCCGACCGCGAGGCCCGCCUAUCUUCCGAAUCACCGGAUUUCCCGAAGGGAGUCGGGACUGAUUCCCGGCUGC